GACAACUCGGGUAUUGGCGAGCGGCGUUGAUCUGAUAGGUGAAUUUCCUCCAUCAGAUUGAAAUCAAUAAGAAACUCCGCAGUGCUGGGGAGAGCAACUGAUUGCCACUGGCGAGUUAGAGAGCGUAUCGAAGAAGCGAGGCAGCGUCGUGGGAGCGAAAACUGCUCAAUUAAUCUCUAAACCCUCACAAGAUACCAGACUGUUGGAGAUUCUCCAUACCUUUUCUGCCCAGGUUGCUCAGUGUGCUCAAAAAUUAGCUGCUACAGGACAUCCAUCCUAUUUACCCAAAAGUCAGCAGAACAGCAAAGGAGGCAGAAAAGAAUUAAAAAGAUUCCUUUGCUCCAUAUGUAAUAAGAGCUUUGCUUCUUCACAGACCCUGAAUGCUCACAGGCACCUUCACAGUGAGGAAAGUCUCCAUCACUGUCCAGCACGGAACAAAACCGUAACCACAUUUGCCAACUUUGGUGCCACUGGCUGGUUCACACUGGUCAGCAACCGUACUGUUGCGCACAUUGUGGUCAGGCAUUUGUGGGAGAAGUCUUAAAGCUGCUUUUGAUGGCCCCCUUCAACUAUGUGUGUUUAAACAGCAGCAGCAGCAAAAACAAAACAAGUUCAAAGCAAUCAGCAAACGAAAUGGAAAGUCAGUCUGUGGAUUAGAGGACAAGUAGAAUUUGGACAAAAUGAAGUAGAUUAAACAGGAAACAGGAUAUGACAUAAGUUUAAAUAAAAAGCACAUCAUGAAGUAGCAGCAGGGAACAAUCUGUCAAAACUUCACAAAGAAAGAAUUUUUGUGAGUUUAAUGAGCAAAAGCUUCCACAUUAAAGGACAGAAUAACAAAUGGAUAGUUACUUGUAGAUCAGAAGUUUGUGAUAGUUUUUAUAAUUCUCGUGAAAUCCUCCUGAAAAGUAAUUUGAUGUCUCCUAGCCAACACAAAGCAGGUCAGGGCCUGAAGGAGAAUCUGGUGUAAUUUCACUGAAAGUUGUACAUGAACAGCCAUUAGAAGAGAAGAAGGAAAAUGACAUUCCAGAUUGUACAAGCACGGUGAAGAAUGAUCAAAGAAGUGAAGUCUGUGUCUUGAUAGUUACCACCAAUAAAGCCAGAGUAGAAAACCCACAGAAACCUCCACCAGAGAAGCGUGCUGGCAUAGUGACCAGUCGAAAGCACCCUUUGAUUUGUGAAGAACAGUCUGUUUACAUGACUUCUAAAGGGAAACCAUUUGGAUGUACUAAAUGUGGAAGGCAGUUUCACUGUAAAUCUAACUUUAACCGUCACAUGACAAUUCACACUGGAGUGAAGCCAUACCACUGUGAAAUUUGUGGUAGAGGUUUCAGCCAGAUUUCAAACUGCCAGCGACAUCAGCGUUUACACAUGAGAGACACCACUGACCCAGGGCAGACAGAAACCAAGAAAAGAAAAGUGACACAACCGGUCAGUCAUUUUGAAAGUAAUCCGAUAAUGUGUGAACAUGACAAGUGCUUAAACAAAAAAGAUGAGGAAAAGUUGGACAGUGAAAAUCUUGCACAGAAAAACAAACUAAAUGUUGAGAAUCCAUCUCAAAUUGGAAAAACGGGAACUGAUGGCCAAACCAUGAGGCAAUUCAAAGUGCAGCAGUUGUUAACAGAGAAGCUGGAUCAACAUCCUCCGCCAUUCUUCCAUUUGCUGUCCAACAGUUUAUACAGUUGUGGAAGAUGUAACAGGCAGUUCCGCUGUAAAUCAAAUCUUUACCGGCACUGGAAGAUACACACUGGAGAGAAGCCAUAUCUCUGUGGACUCUGCCCAAAACGAUUCAGUCAAAUCUCCAACUGCCAAAGACAUAGGCGGUGCCACUCCAAAGAAGGAAUUGAUAGAAAAUGGCAAAAGAACAGUGAGAAACUGGAAAAACAAUCUGGACAGAAAGAAAGUGUGCAGAAAAGACACAAUGUAAGUGAGCAGCUGUCCAACAAGGAAAUCAAGACCAGCAAAGAGAUAAAUGGGCAGCAGGAGAAGGAGAAUGGAAAAUGUUUCAACCAACAACUGGGUCCAGCAUGUGGAUCAAACACAAAGAUACAGAGAGAGAUAGCAAAUGGGGCUACUCAGGUGCAAAUGCUGAAAAGACAGGACAUCUUUUCUGAAAACCCACAAAACAGAGAUAAUCUACCAGAGAGUUGGCAUCCAAGCCUCAGGCUGUGCUUCAGUGUUUGUCCAGACAAUCUUUACAGCUGUGGUCAGUGUGGAAGAAAGUUCUGCAACAAAUCUAAUCUCGGCCGUCACUGGAAGGUGCACACAGGAGAGAGACCUUAUAUCUGCACAGUCUGUGAGAGAAGUUUCAGCCAAAUGUCAAACUUGCAACGGCAUCUGCACUGUCACAGUAAAACGAGCUGGGGUAAAAACAGGGGCAAGAGGCUUGGACCUAUUUUACAAAUGACAAGACAAAUGCAAAACUAUUAUGAUGAUGAGCAAACAACAGCAGAGACACAUGAAGGAUUUGUCUGUGCAAGUUAUGAAUCUGAAACAUGUAGGAAGAAUUUCAUAGAUGCAGAAAGUUUACAGGUGCAUGAGAGAAUUAAUAAAGCAGACACCAAUGAAUGCCAUUCAGAUUUUGUAGGAGAUAAAGAGGAGUGGGCAAGGAAAGCAGCAGAGGUGAAUGAUCUUGGAAUAACGAUUAUGGGAGAUCUGAACCAAUCUGAAAGUGACUUUUGUCUGUUUACAAAGAAGAAGUUAAAGAGUAUCUCAGAUGAAAUGGAGCAAGAGGCAUUGUAUUUCUCUCAAAAACCAAAAGGGAAUGAGGCAGAGUCUAAAUUGGAAUAUGGAAAAAGAAUAACCUCCACCCGGGAACCUCCAGAGCACAAUACCACUGAUACAGUUAUUCCUGAAAAAAAUAUUCUAGGAAAGCAUGUUAAAACAAAUCACUCUGUUACAAUGUGGAAUAGGAAUGUCACAGAUCAGGAACCAUGUCUAGUAGCAGCAUGCCCCGAGAGUAAUUCUCAGGAAGGGGUGGAAACAAUUAAAUUAAAAAUGGAACAGUACUUCCAGAGCUUUCAUUCCCUUAAGAACAGUUGUACUAAAAUGCCCCCAUCUUUGCAUGAGGGUGCUGUGAUGGAGACACAUGAAUCACCAGAAACAUUCACCUGCUUACAGUGUGAAAAAACAUUCAGCACACUGCCUGAGCUUUGCAUACAUUCAGAGAUCCAUCAAAAUGAACUCUUUCAGGAAGAAAGAGAACUUCUGGCCCCACAGACGGAAGACGUAAAAGGCAUGUGCUCAAGAUCUCAAAUUUCAGUGGAGCAAAGAAAGUUCUUCAUCUGCUGUCUGUGUGGAAAGUCGUUUUCAUCAUCCUCAAAUCUUAACAAGCAUCAAGUGAUUCAUACAGGUGCCCGACCUUACCAGUGCACCUACUGUGCAAAGUCUUUUAACCAGUCGGGGAACUUCAAAAGGCACUUGCGCUCUGCUCAUCCUGCCCAGUAUGCAGGUGACUCUCGCAGUCCCAUACUUUCAGCCAGCGUGAACUGAAGCCUGGAGAGAGUGUCACAAAAUGGUACAGGAGCAAAAAGAGCUCAGUAUGCCAGGGUUUUGUUAUCAUUGCCACAAUAGACAUCUUAAUAGCCCAAUCACACCAAAACACAACUCAGCCCACCUCAGUCAUAGUCAUUUUCUAACCUUCUUAGGCCUGAACAGGGUCAUGGGCAUCUGCUGGAGCCUAUCCCAGCUAGCAUAGGGGGUAAGGCAGGAACAAACCCUGGACAGGGUGCCGCCUUUCCAUCACUGGGUAAACUCUCACACACACACACACAGACACCAACCACCCACUAGGGACAAUUUAGGAUCACCAGUUCACCUAAUCGACAUGUCUUUGGACUGUGGGAGGAAACCCACACAGACAUGGGGAGAACAUGCAAACUCCACAUUGGUAGGAGCUGGGACACAAACCCUGGUGGUCUUAGUGCAUGGCAGCAGUGCUACCGUAUGCACCACUCUGCCACCCUCCAGCCCAGUUCCUUUAUAGAAAACACAAAAUAAUUACCACUCAAAGAUGCAUUGCAUCUUGAAAUAUUAAAUACUUUGUUAAAAUACAAAUAAAAAACCUUAUGUUUACCUCAUUUAUUAUGUCAAAUGUUCUUAUAACUUCUUAUCACCCUCUUUGUUUCAUUUGUUUUACACAUUCAUGCCAUUACAAAAGAAAUAUAGCAGCCAUGACAAAAUAAUAAAAUAUUAAGUAGACACCUGCCACAAGUUCAGGGAACUGUGAUUGUGGCCACUAAAAACUACUGGACACCCCGUGGGGAAAACCCAACAUCGAACAGAAAGCACGGUACAGCAGCACAAUGAACAUACCAUACUAUUUUCUAAGCCUGCUUAAUCCUGAGCAUGGUAGUGGGAGGCUGGAGCCCAUCCCAUCAGUCAUAGGGUGUAAAGCAGGAACAAUCCCUGGACAGGGUGCUAGUCCAUCACAGGGGAACACACACACACACCCAAAAUGGCCAAUUUAGCUUCACCAGUCCAUGUAAGCUGUGGAGGUAUGGGAGUAAACUAAUGCAGACAUGGGGAGGACAUGCAGACUCCACGCUGGGGGUACAAUGAACAUUCUAUCAGUCAUUUUUAACCCACUUAGUCCUGACAGGGCCGUGGGGGUUGCUGUAGCCUAUCCCUGCUAGUUUAGGGCACAAGGCAGCAACAAACCUUGGACAGGGCGCCAGUCCAUCGCAGAAAAUACAGUGAACAUGUUAGAAUUUCAUUCAGCUUUCAAAUGGACACUUGUAAAUAAAAGUUAUAAAACAAAUUACGUAUAUGCACAGAACCGUAUUACCAGAGGGGAGGUGUGACGGUUAUGAUCACCAGUGAUUACUUGAAAUGAGAAUGACGUCAACCGAGAUGAUUUAUACUUCCUUGGAUUGCUCAGUCUUUGAACUCGUGAACUUCGGACUGGCAGGAGGUUCUGUUUCAAAGCUGCUUACACAUACAGUAGAUGGGUCUCCCUCCCCUUGAGUAGUUGUUCUCUGUCCGCCCAGUAAGACAUUCAGUCUCAAAAUGAACUGGCACUUGAUGAAUGAUACGGUACCAUAGGAGGCAUUCAUUCAGCUAAUGAUGUUAGUCUGGGCCAGGGGUGGGCAAUGUCGGUCCUGGGGAGCCACAGUGGCUGCAGGUUUUUGUUCCAACCCAGUUGCUUAAUGAGAAGUCAACUAUUGCUGAUGAAGCACUUAUUGCUUAAGUGACAUUUUGAUGCUUCAAUUUAGUGGUCUCGCUUGUUAAGUUUCCCCACCCUUAACUGCUUAUUUCAAUCUUAAACAGAUGCAUUCAGUGUUUUAAUGGCUCCUUGUUAGCAGUAAGAUGUAAAUGACAAAGCAGAUGGCAGUUCUUCACCUAGCUUGUUUCAAUUUACAUCUGUGUGUGUUCAUCAUGCACUGUUUCCUUUAAUAAAACACUUAAUAGAAAAAUGUGACAGAAUGAAAAUUAUACAUUUUAGCUAUCAAAUCAUUUGGAUGAUAUCCUUGGAAAGGAAAAAAAUCUAUGAUAUAAGAAUCUUACAUUGCAGACUAGGGUGGUGCAGUGGUAGCGCGGUUGCCUUGCAGUUAGGAGACCCGGGUUCGCUUCCCGGGUCCUCCCUGCGUGGAGUUUGGAUGUUCUCCCCGUGUCUGCGUGGGUUUCCUCCCACAGUCCAAAGAUAUGCAGGUUAGGUGCAUUGGCGAUUCUAAAUUGUCCCUAGUGUGUGCUGGGUGUGUGUGUGACCUGCGGUGGGCUUUGUUUCUGCCUUGUGCCCUGUGUUGGUUGGGAUUGGCUCCAGCAGACCCCCAUGACCCUGUGUUAGGAUAUAGCGAGUUAGAGUAUGACUGACUGACUGAUUGACAUUGCAGACUAACAAGCCAUGAAAUUAAAUAAGGUCAGAGACAAGCAAUUACUAGUUUCUAAUUAAGCAAUUUGGUUGGAAUGAAAACCUGUAGCCGCAGCAGCUCCCCAGGACCGAUACUGCCCACCCCUCGUCUAGGCCUUUAUGUCGCAGGCCUUUGAAGUGCUUCCUCAGACCACAACAGAUUUCCAGUCUUCUGCUGACCGAGGAGUGGAGGAUUUGUUAGACGUGAUUGGAGUCGAACAGCCUGAAGUAGUGAAGUUGCCCAGGUGAGAAUACUAGAAUUCUUGGCGGUGAACAUUCCAGUUAAUUCAGAGAAUCUUCCAGGAGCAAUUCUGAUAGAUUGAAAGUAUGCCAAUAACAAAACUUUAGCAAAUAACAAUUAAAAAACAUUUAUGUUGAAGGGAAAACUGUACAUAAAACCUACUAUAAAUGUUUUCAUUUUUGUGUGACUAAAAUGUAACGGUUUAAUAGAUAGCCUGUGACAGCAUGUUGCCACAAUGGUUGGUCUUGCUGCUGUACAGCUCUAGAAUGUUGUGUGGAAAUAGCAGCCCAUUCACCAUCUUUCUAGGGUUAGCAUGUUUUUCUUGUAUCUUUGAUGGUUUUUCCCAGGAUAGUUAAGUUUCCACCCACAUCCCAAAAAUAUGCGUAUCAGAUCAGUUGGCAACUGCAAACUGGUCCAGUUUGAGGAAGCUGUUGAUGGACUGGCACCCAUUCAGUGUUGGUUCUUGCCUUUUGCCCAAUUCUGCUAGGACAGGCUCCAUGUCCUUUCUGUGAAUUACCAGUUCGUCACAGCCUUUCAAGUUGCUGCCCCAGUGGUCUUUUAUUAAUUUGCCUUUUUAACUGUAUAAAGUUUUAAAAGGUUGUGCUAUAUAAAAAUGGUAUAUGACUCAGAAAAGACCCAUAAAUGCGGUAUAGGGAAACUGAAGGUCUGUAAAAUCAGUGCAGAUGUUCAGUUUGAUGGAAAAGCUCCCUUUGCAGGUUCCUUUUAGGACUAUAUGGUUUGUGUAAGAGUUUGAAAGCACUGAUAGUUAAUCCACAGUUAACAGUGAAAAUUUAAAGAAGCAGAAGUUAAUAGCAAAGCAUCACUAAUAUAAGAAAAUUCCAUCCGUUUUGGUGGUCAAGUCAAAGCAAUAGAGGUGUAAUCAGCAAACAAAAGUACAAAUGGAGACAUGGAUUUUGUUUAGUUCAUCAAAAUGAAUGUAAGAAUAUGGGCCAGAAUACAAAGCCAUUAGAACAGUCUCAGGAUUCAUCCAAGUAAGAGUCUGGAACAACAAAGGAAAAAGGUGAAAGAAUGGAUUAGAGAAAAAGGUCAGUCUUGUGAUGCUUGGUCUUGGAUGAAAUGGAGUCUAUAUCUUCUACUCGAUUAUUUUAUUCAGGCUUGAAGUGACAUGGCAUAGUCACAAAGUGGUGAGUGGCAGGAUAUUGGUUUUGAAUCCCCGCCGUAUCGAUGGCUGUCUCUAUGGGUUUCCCUCCCAGAGUUCUGCAUAUUAGAUUGAUUAGCACUACUGUAUUAGCCAAGUGUGAGUAACUUUGUGUCUGCCCACUUGUAGACUUGCAUUCCAUCCCGGGUGGACUCGAGCCUUACUCUUGGGCAUUGGUUACCUGCAACCAUGAACAGGAAUAGAAGGAUUCUGGAAAUGGAGGAUGGAUAUUACUGGGUAAUCGGAACCUCGAUUAAAUGAGAAGACUGGGCGGUUUGUGAAAUGACUUUGGGAGUGCUGUUCAAACACUACACACCCUGUUAAUAAAAUAUUUCUAUUUUGGCUUUUCUCUUGAGAAAAAGUUUAAGAACAACAUGCAUGGAACUUUCAAGAAGGUACAAGGAAAACUUUAAGACCAUGUGAGAACAUUGACACACUCUGGUGAGGUGCAUCUGGCCAUUAUUUUCAACAAUAAAGGUAGAAACAUUGUGUUAUUGGAAUGCUUUUCAGCUGCAACGGUGACUGAAACAUCUGUUUGGAUACAGAGAAGUCUUGAAGUAAAUGCAGAAAUGACUAAACAGAAGUGUCUAUAAUUAAAGGAGUGUUAUUGCACAUCACCAAAUACUUCUUACUGCAAGCAUCUUGACUGUAUUUGUAUGUACAUAGUAUUAGGAACUGGUAUCCCAUAAAGGGCUGAUAAACACUG